AUGAGCAACCCGCGCAUCCCGCAGCCCAACGCGCAGCAGUUCCCGUUUCCGCCCAGCUACGGUAUCAGUCAGCAGCCUGACCCAGGCUUCACGGGGGCCACCACUCCUCAGAGCCCGCUGAUGUCCCCGCGACUGGCGCACACUCAGAGUCCCAUGAUUCAGCAGUCUCAGGCUAAUCCUGCCUACCAGUCCUCUACGGAGAUGAACGGGUGGGCACAAGGGAAUAUGGGUGGAAACAGCAUGUUUUCACAACAGUCCCCACCACAUUUUGGGCAGCAAGCAAGCACCAGCAUGUACAAUAAUAACAUGAACAUCAGUGUGUCCAUGGCAACCAACACAAGUGGUAUGAACAACAUGAACCAGAUGACAGGGCAGAUCAGCAUGACCUCAGCGACCUCUGUGCCUACAUCAGGGUUGUCCUCCAUGGGUCCUGAGCAGGUUAAUGAUCCUGCUAUGAGGGGAGGCAAUCUUUUUCCAAACCAGCUGCCUGGAAUGGAUAUGAUAAAGCAGGACGGAGAUGCAGCACGGCGCAGUCGGCACCGGGCGGGUGGGAAUCCUCCUCGAUGGCUUCGGGAGAGGCCAGGAGCCUCCGGCCGAGCGUGGGGAAGGGCCCACGGCUCCUUGUGCCCCAUGGCGAAGCUGGCGUGGGGGAAGGAGCUCGGCGUGUUCUGCACGGAGCCCAUCGCCAAGGGCGUGCGCUUCGGGCCCUUCCGCGGCAAGGUGGUGAACACCAGCGAGAUCAAGACGUACGACGACAACUCCCUCAUGUGGGAGAUCUUCGAAUACGGGCGCCUGAGCCACUUCAUAGACGGCAGGGGAGCUGCCGGCAACUGGAUGUCCCUGGUGAACUGCGCCCGCUUCCCCGAGGAGCAGAACCUGACGGCUAUCCAGUGCCAGGGCCAGAUCUUCUAUGAGAGCUGCAAGGAAAUCCUCCCGAAGCAGGAGCUGCUCGUGUGGUACGGGGACUGCUACGUGCAGUUCCUGGGCAUCCCCAUCAGCCUGAAGGGCAUGCCCGACGGGAAGAAACCCCCGCAGCAAGCCGAAGAGGCCGGGGAGAGCUACAAGUGCGAGAGGUGCGGCAAGGUCUUUGCCUACAAGUACUACCGGGACAAGCACCUGAAGUACACCCGCUGCGUGGACCAGGGCGACAGGAAAUUCCCGUGCCACCUCUGCAGCCGGUCCUUUGAGAAGCGGGACAGGCUCAGGAUCCACAUUCUCCACGUCCACGAAAAGCACCGACCUCACAAGUGCUCAGUGUGUGGGAAGAGCUUUUCUCAGUCCUCCAGCCUGAACAAGCACAUGAGGGUUCACUCCGGGGAGCGCCCCUACAAGUGUGUCUACUGCAACAAGGCGUUCACGGCCUCGAGCAUCCUGCGCACCCACAUCCGGCAGCACUCGGGAGAGAAGCCCUUCAAGUGCAAGCACUGCGGCAAGGCGUUUGCCUCGCACGCGGCCCACGACAGCCACGUGCGGCGCACGCACAGCCGCGACAAGGGCUGCGCCUGCGCCGUGUGCGGGCAGCUCUUCCCGCAGCCCGACGAGCUCCGCUUCCACAUGCAGUUCCACGGCGCCUGCUAG